UCUUAAAGUAGCAGUCAACCUAUUAAAAUUUAACGUUAAUAUGGACUCAUACAAUGUUAAUAAUUACUUUUUGUAUUUUUCUGCUAUUGCAGCAAGUAUGUUCUUCACUUCAUCUGGGACUAUGUUGGUAUGGAAUUCUCCUGUUCUGCCAAAGCUACAGUCAAAUAACACUAUAAUAAAUCCUUUAGAAACGCCAAUCACUGUUUUAGAAAUGUCAACAAUAACCAUGAUGUAUCCCUUGGGAUCAACCAUUGGCGUCCUUUUAAUAGGAAAAAUUCCCGAUCUCAUUGGGAGAAAAAAAACAUUAAUCUGGUUAUCUUUUUUUGUUAUGGUGUCCUUUGUAGCGCUAUCUGUAGCUAAUAAAGUGUAUUUUUUCUUGAUAAUUUUGCCUAUACUUUCAGCUAAUUUAGCUGCAGGGUAUAUUGUAAUUCCAACAUACGUUUCAGAAAUAGCUGAAGACCACAACAGAGGAAAUUUGGGCACAAUGAUGACAUUUGGAUAUGGAUUUGGACAAUUGUACGCAUUACUUAUUGGGGCCAUCACAAGUUAUAGGUUAUUCUGUUUACUUUGCGCUUUACCCCCAUUUCUAGUUCUAUUAUGUUCACUAUUUAUUCCAGAAUCACCAAUAUAUGUUACACUUAAAGGAAGACGCGAAGAGGCUUUAAUUAUUCUAAAAAAGUUAAGAAGAUCCAAACCAGCGUACGAUGUAGAAAUCGAGUAUAAUGAAAAAGAACAGUUUAUACUGAAUAAUAAAUUCGGGCCAAAAAUUAGUUUUAAAAGUUUUUUUCUAGACCGUGCUGUUAGAAAGGCCAUGGCGCUUUCGAUUGGAGUUUUUGUAAUGCAAAAAAUAGCACCAAACUAUUUAGUAUUAUCAUUUUUAGGUACCCUGCUAAAUGAGGCUGACAGUAACUUAUCUGGGGACAAGUUAGCCGUUCUUGUGAUAAUAAUAAAGAUAAUUUCUACUGCCGUGGUUUUCUUUGCUGUGGAAAAAAAAGGAAGAAGGUUUUUAUUUUUACUGGGAACUAGCCUAUGUGGUAUUGCUCUAUUUGGAUUGGGUAGUUAUUUUUAUUUUCUACGCAACGGCUAUUACCUAAAUGGUUUUACUAAACUGUUACCAGUAUUUUUUAUUAUUUGUUUUCUUGAAUCUUUUGCUUUGGGCUUGACUGCGGUUCCUUGUAUUUUAGCUGCAGAAUUACUGCCAAAUGAACUUAGGUCAUUGGGGUUGAGUAUAGCUUUGUUAAUUGGGAAUAUAUGUUUAAUUGCUAUUUCUUUUUCUUACCCCAUAGUAGCCAAAUAUUUAGGAGUUCAUUAUUAUAUGUAUACGUUUAGUUGUUUUUGUUUUAUUGGCUUCGGUGUUAUGUACGUCGUAUUACCUGAGACUAGAGGUAAAAGUUUUGAGGAGAUAAGAAAUAUUUUAAAUGGCUAACUAGACUAGCUAUCAAUGUAUUUUGAUGAAUAAAAUAUACUCUGGGCUAAUUGGCAAAAUACAAGGAAAACUUGGAAUCAAAUCUAAUGAUUCUACAUAUAUAUAUUAAUAAUAUAGUUAUGCAAAGUCCGCAGCUGGUGUGCUACUUUUUUUAUAAACAAAAUGGCGCUCGAAAAUCGUGUUUUUUUUUUCAAUUUUUGCUCUAUAACUACAAAGAUUUUAACUUUACACCAAAAACACCCAAAUAAAAAUUUACCGUAAUUAAAUUGUGCAUAGAAACAUGUUUGUCCCGAUUUAUCCCGAUUUACUUCUACGAAAAUUUUCCCCGGAAAAUGCGGGUUUUUCCAACAAAAUCUUUAAUUCUCAACUAAAAUUUUAGAUAAGUAAUUGUUUAUCAUUGAAUGAACAGUUUAGCAACAAUUGAAUUAUUAAUUAAAAAUUUACCGUCGCUAUAAUA